AUGCGGCUGAGGCCUUUGAUUGCAUUGACGCCCAUCGCACUUCAGUUUAGAUCUGUUCGAAGUCUGAGCAUGUCGUAUCGAGGGGGAAGAGGACGAGGCGGUUCGCGCGGUGGUAACAGAGGUGGUGGUGGUGGUAGAGGAGAAUAUUAUAAGAACAAGUACGGACGCGGUGUACGAGGAGGAGGAGGUCGAGGUCAAGCUGAUGAUACUCCAAGAACUGCACCGGGGGGAGGAUUAUAUUCGGAUUUGAUCAACUGCCUAGAACGUCUAGAUGGCAAGAGUUACGGUGCAUAUCACGAUUUGGAUACCCCGCUCGACCGUGGAUGGGUGAACAGCGACUUUGGAUUUUCGUUGUUUGUCGAGAGGGCCCAGUCAGAUCCCUUUGCCGCUCCUACCCGCUGCCGAAUCAUAAUUGACGGUGCAACAGCAGCAUUUCCAGUAAGUCUAUACUCCAACAGGAUCCGCUCUGUGGCUCUUUCCGAUUACCUACUACGAGCGUUGCAUGCCAAUUGCAAGAAACUUGGUGCCGACGAAGCAAUGGGGGGCAAGGGUUGGAGUGGUCCGAAAGGAGGAGAUAUGCAAGUGCUAGAGCCAUGUCAACAUGUUCUGGAACAAUCUGCAGUUAGGGUCGAUGAAAGGGGAAAUGUAGUUGUCCAAAUGAGCGUUAAUCUUCCUGCAAGAGGCAGAAACAUUCUGGGAUUGGCAGCAAAAGAGAUAUUUGCCAAGACGCUGCCUUCGAUGAUCGAAAAGAGUCUACUCCUCAAGUCACUGCAGGCACAAAGACUUCAAAGCCAUGUUGAUUCGAUUGAAGAUCAAGUUUGGCUUCAGAAGGAGCUGGAAUCAAAGAAUUUGAUCGCAUUCCUGAGGAAUGGAGCACUUCUACCUCGGAUUUCCGGUGUCGAUGAUCGGCCGAUGGAUUCACAGAAGGCUGUUCCAUUUGAAUCUCCACAACGACUAGAAGUCUCAUUUCGACUGCCAAAUGCAGGAACUACAGUCACAGGAAUGGGGAUUCCGAAGGGCAUCUCACUGAUUUGUGGUGGUGGCUUCCAUGGGAAAUCCACACUCUUGCAGGCUCUACAAGUUGGAGUGUAUCCAAAAAUUCCUGGCGACGGCCGUGAAUUCUGUGUCACCUCACCAAAUGCCAUGAAGAUUAGGGCCGAGGAUGGGAGGAAUAUUCAGUCCUGCGAUAUUAGCAGCUUUAUCAAUAAUCUUCCAUUCGGAAAGGACACGGCAUGUUUUGACACGGCUGACGCUAGUGGAUCGACGAGUCAGGCUGCGAAUAUUGUAGAGGCGAUUGAAAUUGGAGCGAAUACAUUACUCCUCGACGAGGAUACUUGCGCAACAAACUUUAUGAUCAGGGACUCAAAAAUGAUGCAACUUGUGGCUCCAGAUAAAGAACCCAUCACUCCAUUUGUGUCAAUAGUGCGGUCAUUGUAUGAUGAACACGGCAUUUCCACAGUUCUGGUAGUUGGAGGUGCCGGGGAUUUCUUUGAGCCUGCGGACAACGUUCUAGUUCUAGAUUGUUAUAAAUGCAACGAUAUGACCCAGAGGGCGAAAGAGAUUGUUGUCAACGCACAAGACUCAAGACAAGCUUUACCAGCCAAAAAAGAAUUCCGUGCGGCACGGCAGCGCUCUCUUAUUGGAAAUAAGAUUGCUGCAAAUGGGAAAGUAAAGGUUUUAUCUCAGCAGAGGAUUUCUUACGGCGAAUCGGAGCUGGACAUUUCCUUUUUAGAGCAAGUCGUUGUUAAAUCGCAAUCUGCAGCCAUCUUGAAUGGUCUUCAGUAUCUAUCGACUCAGAACCAUUCAAAUCAAACCCUCAAAGAAUCGCUACUUGCUCUGGAAAAGAAACUUGACAGUGAAGGUCUGAGUUCUUUGACUCCGGCGCAGUUCAAUGGUGGGAUGUCUAGAGUGAGGAUGCUUGAAAUUGGGGCCGCUGUCAAUCGACUAAGACGCCCUAAUACACUUGUGCAAGGGCAAGUCAGAUAA